CAAACGUAAACAAUCCUUUCUCCGCAGGUUAAUUUCCCGAUGUAGCAUCGUUAUUACUCCGGAAUUUACCAGUAAAUUAAGUGAUCAAAGACCAUGCUAGGACUGCAGGCAUACGCCAGCGAAGGAAGUGGCAGCGGCAGCAGCAGCGAAGAUACGGACCAGGAAGAAUCGACCAAUCAGGCAGUGAAAGCGAAACCAGCUCCGGACCCAGAUGCACUAGCACAUUUGAAACCACUUCCGACAGAUAGCGCUAACUCAAUGGCUAAAUCGCUCCAAGUAUGCGCGGCCCCGCUCGUCGUCCCAACCGGGCAGGUUGAGGUGGCCCGGAUGUUGGCUCCCUCCACAAACGAGCUUUGCUACAAUCCGCGAUUUGAGGAGCUGUUUGCUCCGGUUGCGGGUCCGGUUAAUCCGUUUCUGACGGAACAGAUGCGAGCUCCGAAGAAUAUGUUGACGGGUUUUGUGGAAACGGCGCAUAUAAGCGAUUUCCAGUUCGAGAAUCAGCGCAAGACUUUUCACAGCUACGGCUACGCGCUGGAUCCUUCGAUUGAUGCGAUUGCUGGUAGUUCUGGGACUUCGGCUGUAGUGGAGAAGGUCGAGGAAGGACCCAGUUACGUUGGGCAUCUACAGGCUGCCUACGACACCGACGGAAAAACCGUCUUCGAAUCGGCGAAAGCCAAUCGUUCCGGGGACAAGCGGAAACGCCAGAAAAACGACAAACCAGAGGAUGUGGAAGGUUUUUUGGGUCCUUGGGGCAAGUUCGAGGAUGAGCAAACGAUCGCUCGACCGAGCGAGCAGGAACGAGCCGAAAUAGAGGAGAUGAUGGCCAAGAAGCAGCGACGCAACCGGGUUGUAGAGGACAAACCGAUAGAAGAGAAAUCUAUUCUACAUAUAAAGGAUUCCGUGGAUUAUCAGGGUCGAUCGUUCCUGCAUCCGCCGCACGAUGUGGGUGUCAGCUUGCGGAAAGGAAGUGCUCCGGAUCGCUGCUUCCUGCCAAAGGCCCACAUUCACACCUGGACCGGACAUACGAAGGGAAUUUCGGCGAUACGAUGGUUCCCCAAAUCCGCUCAUCUUAUGCUGUCCUGUAGCAUGGAUACUAGGAUAAAGAUUUGGGAGGUUUAUAACGAACGGCGCUGCGUCAGGACCUACUCGGGUCAUAGGCAAGCCGUUCGGGAUGUAGAUUUCAACAACCGGGGCGAUAAAUUCGUGUCUGCCGGCUACGAUCGGUAUCUGAAGUUGUGGGACACCGAAACGGGUGACGUUAUUUCCCGCUUCAGUUCCCGCAAGAUACCGUUCUGCGUAAAGUUCCAUCCGGAUUAUAACAAGCAGCAUCUGUUCGUAGCGGGGACGUCCGACAAAAAAAUUAUUUGUUGGGACACCCGAAGCGGAGAAAUCGUUCAGGAGUACGACCGGCAUUUGGGAGCGGUCAAUACGAUUACUUUCGUUGAUGAGAAUCGACGAUUUGUGACCACCUCCGACGACAAGAGUUUGCGGGUCUGGGAAUGGGACAUUCCGGUCGAUAUGAAGUAUAUUGCCGAUCCGACGAUGCAUUCCAUGCCGGCCGUUACCCUGUCGCCGAACGGAAAAUGGUUGGCCUGUCAGAGUCUGGACAACAAGAUCGUCAUCUUCUCGGCCAUCAAUCGUUUCAAGAUGAAUCGGAAGAAGUCUUUCACCGGACAUAUGGUUUCCGGGUAUGCCUGUAACUUGUCCUUUUCGCCGGAUAUGAGCUAUCUGGUUUCCGGCGACGGCGACGGCAAAUGCUACAUCUGGGACUGGAAGACGACCAAGCUGUACAAAAAGUGGCAAGCGCACGACAACGUCUGUAUCGCCACCCUGUGGCAUCCGCACGAGGCCAGCAAAGUGGUGACGGCUGGCUGGGAUGGUACCAUCAAAUAUUGGGAUUGAUUCUUCGGAUACAACAACAUUUUCAUGAUAACGUUACGGCGUGGCAAUCAAUAUACAUUUACACGUUUAAAAACUA